GCCUGCAGGGGCUUGGGUGUGGGGUCAGGUCCCCCGAACCCUCCUGGCGCUUUGUGAGUGCAGCCCUUUGGAAUCCCAAGUCUGCCCCUGCCCUGGCUUCUCCAGCACCUUCCCUGUGCGGUCCUGUGCUGGGGGUAAAGGGGAAUCCCAGCCCAUGGUAUACUUGAGCAAACUCAGAUUUGGGGUACCAAGGAGGAAGUGCCCAGCAAACAGGGUCACAGCACCCUAGAAAUCAGGAGAGGGGGAGGCACACCUGUGGGUGCCUGUCUGGCUUCAGCAUAGAAUGUAAAGAACAAUUUGCACAAAGGGGGCUCCCCUGAGAAGCCUCGCGCUGGAGGGACUCAAGGGGCUCUCACUGAAGAGGGGGGCCCGCUAGGCUCAGGGUCGGGAGGCUUCGGGUCCAGGUGGAACUGCAGGGUGACGAAAUCCAGGACUGACUGCUGACUCUGAGCUGUUUGCCAUUUUUUUUCCCGCCAUUUGAAACAGGUGUACAGGGCUAGUUUAUCUUGCCAAUACACCACGUUGCGAAUAACAGAAUCAAUAAUAAAACAAGUAAGUGAAAUACACACACCGUAACAUUGAGCGCAUGAACUGUGUUAAGCACCCAGCUCCGUGGCACCAAGCACACUCCUGUUGCUGUGAGUUGCUACCACCCGCUGGCUCCAGAGCUUGUUCAUCUUGCAAAACUGAAACUGUCCUCAUGAAACCCUGGCACCCAGCCCCUCCCCCGGCCCCCACCCUCUGCUUCCUGUCUCUGUGAACCUGACAGUUCUAGGGACCCCCUAUAAGUGGAUUCAUGCAAUAUGUGUCCUUUUGUGUCUGGCUUAGUUCACAGCAUGGUGUCCUCAAGGUUCGGCCAUGUUGGAGCAGGUGUCAGAACCUCCCCCUUUUUAAAGCUGCUAUUCUGCCUCUUUAAAACAUGAAUUCUUAUGGAAGUGGCACACGAUACAGAGAACACCAACAAUACACAAAGCAGAGAGAGAAGUGGGUGCCCGAGUGCCUAUCCCCAAAGGCAGCUGCCCCUAGUGUCCCCCAGGUGAUGCCUCCGUGCGGCUCAUGGCCCAGCUGGAAUAGCAGCCCUGCACCCCCACAUCUGGGGUCCCCCAUUCCCACAGGCACAGGUUGCUUCUGUUGUGGGAGGCUGUUGGUGCGUGUCUCCGCCUCUGUGCUGCUGGGAAUAUUUUGGUACAGAAGUCUUCCUGUGCGUGUGUAUCUGCCAUAAAUUUCUAGACAUGGAACUCCUGAGCCAAACAACCCUCUGCAGGGACACCGGUCUACCCCGCCCCCAUGACACCGCGCUGCCGCCUGCCCCCAGCCUUCCCCGCUCGUUUCCUGUUCUCCUGGAGGGAAGCAGGGUCUCAUGGCAGCUGCCCUGUGUGCUGGGGAUGUCAUCAGUCACAGUGGCCAAGAGAUAGGCGUGGGGCUGAAUCUGUCCUUGGUGUCAGUGGUAGAAACCGCUCAGAAACGGGGGAGGCUUCUGGCUGAGACCACUGCACAAGCCAGAGGUCUCCUGGCCUCGGUCCCUCCCCGCCUGGGGCUGGGGGCAGGGACCUCAGCAUCUCAGCCGCCAGCUGCACGAACUGCUCAGUCACUUCCUGGCUGGUUCCGUGUCCCUGAGUGUGUGACUAGAUUAGGGCUCGCAGUGCUGGGCCACGGCCACAUCAGACACCCCUUUCCAGUUAAUUUCUUCUUCCUUGACUCCCACUGCCCAGCAGGAAGUCACAGCCCAGAGCAGCCGGCGCCGAGCCCCGGUGGCAUGCGGAUGCUCCUGCUUCUGUGGCCCCUGGUGCUGGGGCUCAGCCUAGAGAGUGACACCCAGAACCCCAUCAGCUACGACGAGAGUGGGAGUGCAGGAGGAGGCGAUGAUGGCACACUGGGAUCCUGCACCAGGCCCCAGGCGGUGCCCCGCAGCUUCCCCGGCCAGCUGUGCUCCAACCACAGCGAUAUCCUGGAGCUCCCGGACAGCUCCCGUGCGCUGCUGCUGGGCUGGGUGCCCACGAGGCUGGUGCCCUCCCUCUAUGGGCUGGCCCUGGUCAUAGGGCUGCCCGCCAACAGCCUGGCGCUGUGGGUGCUGGCCACCCGGGUGCCACGGAUGCCCUCCACCGUGCUGCUGAUGAACCUGGCGGCGGCCGACCUGCUGCUAGCCCUGGUGCUGCCACCGCGCAUCGUGUACCACCUGCAGGGCCAGCGAUGGCCCUUGGGCGAGGUUGCCUGUCGCCUGGCCACAGCCACGCUGUAUGGCCACAUGUAUGGCUCUGUGCUGCUGCUGGCCGCCGUCAGCCUGGACCGCUACCUGGGUGUGGUGCAUCCGCUGCGGGCCCGUACCCUCCGGGGCCAGUGCCUAGCUUCUGGGCUCUGUGCCAUGGCCUGGCUGGUGGCGGCUGCCCUGGCGCUGCCCCUGGCGCUGCAGCAGCAGACCUACCAGCUGUCACACUCGGACCACGUGCUCUGCCAUGACGUGCUGCCUGUGGGCACCCAGGCCUCCUACUGGCGGCCUGUCUUCAUCUGCCUGGCCGUGCUCGGCUGCUUCCUGCCUCUGCUGGCCAUGCUGCUGAGCUACGGGGCCACCCUUUGCACGCUGGCAGCCGGUGGCCGGCGCUACAGCCACGCGCUGAGGCUGACCACGCUGGUGCUGGCCUCGGCUGUGGCUUUCUUCACCCCCAGCAACAUCCUGCUGCUCCUGCACUACUCGAACCCAAGCGCGGAUGCCUGGGGGGACCUGUAUGCCGCCUACGUGCCCAGCCUGGCACUCAGCACGCUCAACAGCUGCGUGGACCCCUUCGUCUACUAUUACGUGUCAGCUGAGUUUAGGGACAAGGUGCGGGAGGGGCUGCUCUGCUGGAAGCCCGGCCCCUCGGUGGCCUCCAGGGAGGGGGGCAGCCCUGGGUUGGGCACCCGGUCCUCCUCACUCGUGUGAUGGCCCCUCAGAGGGGGGCCAAAUGGGAAGAGGGUGUCCUGGGUUGCAUAGGGUGCCCUCCCCAUUCAUGUCCACUAGGAACCUCUGAAUAGGAUCUUAUUUGGAAAGAGGAUCUUUGCAGGUGUCAUUAGUUAAGAUGAGGUCGCAUUGGAGGAGGAUGGCCCCUAAAUCCAACAUGACUAGUGUCCUAAUAAAAGGACUCAGAGACACACACACAGGGAAGGCCAUGUGGCCGUGGCACCAGGCUGAAGCUCACACAAGCCAAGGAACGCCGCGGCUGUGAGACCCACUCACUGGUCCAAAUUCAAUAAGUGGACAUGGAGACAGAGAACAGCGGAGCGAAGCUUUAAUGACGGUCCUGCAAGAUCGGGUGUCUGGUGGGCAGGCACACCUGGGGAGUUUGGCGCCAGUAAUUUAUCUCCUAGUAUGCGAGUCCCUCCCCUGGUUCCUCAUUGGCUGAGUCCUACAGGGUUCACAGUCUUCCCCGGACUUUGCCUAAGCCCGUUAUAUCCUUCCUUUACAUUUGUCUUAUUCUUAUUGGUAGGUUUAAAAAACUCAAACAGGUAUCGCCAGGCCCUUAUCAGUUCCCCCCACCCCACCCUCAGCUCGAGCAGCUUCCACCAUGUGGCCCUUUGUUCAUACCUUACUGUUAAAGUGCUUAAACAUCCUGGUGGGAAUAAAUCACAUUUAGGUUUCAUGCUCUGUCCUAACACAGCCCCCUGGCAGCCCAGGGAAGCCGGGGAGAGCGUCCUGGCAUACACUUACCUUGGCAGCCCCCAGAUCCCUGCCCACACCUUGAUCUCAGACUUCUGGCACCCAGAAUUGUCAAAUAAAUGGCUAUUAAGUCACCUAGCACUUG